UGGUCGUGUUAGGUUGGCAGCGUUCUAAGGCACCAGUUUGGUUUUUGUGUACACUUGACACCCUUGCUGGUGUACAGAAUUUUUUCUCGCGGAACUGCGAAAAAAAUGUGUUUUGACAAGACGCCCUGCCACCUACUUUCUUAAUUUUCAAAAUCAUUAAAAGGCAAUAAGUUUACACGAGUUGAACUUGUUAAGAACGGUCCCUUCAGCAAACAGAAAAAAAUGUUGGGUAAGAGAUUAGUUGAUGAUGAGCCAGACCACGCCCUGGAAGAUGAAGUCGUUCAAGAAGUACUGAAGGAAGGAACAGACUUGCGGCAAUAUUCUCAUCAAAUAGAACUGGAGCUGCGUGAUGUAGAAAAUCAAGCUAUCAAGGAUUAUACCAAAGAAAGCACAAACAUAGCUCAUCUUCACAAUCAAAUCACAGCUUGUGAUAAGAUCUUAGAGCGCAUGGAGACUAUGCUUCUCGGGUUCCAAUCAGAUUUGGGAAGUAUAAGCACAGAAAUACUGUGUCUUCAAAAGAAAUCCAUUGAUAUGAGCCAGAAGCUCCAAAAUCGACAAGCUGUCCGUGCUCCUAUUGCUCAAUUUAUUAAUGAUCUCGCCGUUUCAGAAGCACUGAUAAUAGGGGUUGUUGAGGCGCCUGUAGCUGAGAAAGAAUUUAUAACCCAACUGAAAGUUUUAAAUCAAAAAAUAAAUUUCAUGAAGGAGCAAACCUUUAAAGAUACUCGUUCAUCUCAAGAUGUGAGAGAUAUUGUGGAGAAACUUAAGCUCAAGGCAAUUGCAAAAAUUCGUGCUUAUUUACUUGAGCAGAUUUCAAAGUUUAGAAAACCAAAUGCAAAUUUUCAAGUUCCUCAAAAUAAUAUGCUGAAAUUCAAAUUUUUCUUUGAAUUUGUCAUGGCUAAUGAAAGGAAUGUAGCUGAGGAAAUAUGUGCAGAGUACGUUGAUACCAUGGGAAAAAUAUACUUUUCAUACUUCAAAGCUUAUUCUACAAGAGUUUCGAAGCUCCAAUUUGAAGAGCAUGCUAGCAAAGAUGACUUAAUGGGCAUUGAAGAUACUGGGUCUCGAGGCUUAUUUUACAAAACUCCUUUAAAGAAUAAAAGCACAGUUUUCACCAUAGGUAGUCGAGGUGAUGUUCUGAGCCCUGAAGGUCUAGAAGCUCCUAUCAUAGUGCCACAUGCGGCACAGAAAUGUGAUGCGAGGUAUCCAUUUGAAGCAUUGUUUAGGAGCGAACAAUUUGCACUGGUGGAUAACAGUUGCAGAGAAUUUCUUUUCAUAUGUGAGUUCUUCAUGAUGGGUGGAUCAGCUGCCUUGGAGUUCUUUGACCAAGUGAUGGGAAAGACCCUUGGUCUUUUGAUUAAAAAUCUUGAAACUUACACUCAAGAUUGUUUUGAUACUAUAGCAUUAUUUCUUUCGGUGCACAUUAUCUUACGCUAUCAGCUUCUCUGUCAUAAAAGAGCAGUUCCUGCUCUGGAUCAUUACUUUGAUACCCUUCAAGGAAUCAUUUGGCCUCGGUUUGAGUAUAUUUUUCAGCAGAACAUUCAGAGUGUAAGAGAUUGUGAUCCAACCAAAUUUGGGAAAGAAAUGCGACCACACUAUAUCACUCGCCGUUAUGCAGAGUACAGUGCUGCUAUUCUUGGUAUAAGUGAAAAUUUCCCCAAUGAUUUAGUCACUCGGUUGUUAGCUGAACUCCAAGAAGAAGUUGAACUGUUUAUUCUCCGUAUGGCAGCAAUAUUCCAACUACGUAAAGAGCAGCUUAUAUUUUUGAUAAAUAAUUAUGACAUGGUCUUAAGUGUUUUAACGGAACGAACUCGAGAAAACUCUAAAGAAGCUGAAUGUUUUAGAGAGCUGCUGACCUCUCGUAGUGCAGAAUAUGUUGAAGAAAUUCUGUCACCGCACUUUGGAGGCCUCAUGCAGUUUGUCAAGGAAGGAGAAGCUUUGGUUGACAAGAAUCAGAUGGAUGAGCUGAAGAGGCAGGAAAAGAAAGCUCUAGCCCUGGUGCAAGCUUUUAAUGCAAACUGGAAAAAAUCCCUGGAGGAUUUAAAUCGUGAAGUUCUCACAUCAUUUUCCAAUCUUGUCACAGCUUCCUCUUUACUUCAGUUGGCCUUAACCCAAUUAGUUCAUUACUAUCAUCGCUUUCACAAGCUCCUUUCAACUGCAGGCCGAGCACAGCUUACAAACAUUCACCACAUUAUGGUAGAAGUGAAAAAGUAUAAAACUAGUUUCUCAUAAGGUUUGAGGCAAUAUCAGCAAGAUCUGUUCAAGUGUAUGUUGAAACUAAUAUAAAAGCUGAUAAAAAUGGUUGAAGUUGUGAAGUUCUUGUCAAGAGAUUUUCAUUUGUGAUUUGUUUAGGAAAUGGGCAGUGAGAAAAGAGACAAUACUUUGGGGCAUGUCAUUGUACAUUUUGGAGAUAUUUAUUCAGUUGAGUUUGUUUAAAUCAUGUUCUUACAGUAGAAGGGUGGAGGUCUUCAAUUAUUCGAGCUUUUAUUAUACAUGAAUUUUAUUCCAGCUUUUCCAUUUACCUAUAUCCUUUUAUCCAUGGACCUUUUGAAUGCCUCUGCCCAUCUACAUUUUCAAUAGUUACCUCUGUUGUGUUAUUCUUACUCAUUUCUUUUCCUCAGUUUUCUUUCUGUGUUAAAGGAAUCAAGAAGUAAAUCUGUUGAUUUUAAAUACCAA